AUGGCGCCCCAAGACACAUUCUUCGACGAGGAGGAAGAUACCUGCCCGCUAUGCAUCGAGGAGUUCGACCUGUCAGAUCGGAAUUUCCGACCAUGCCCAUGCGGCUACCAGGUGUGCCAGUUUUGCUUCAACAACAUCAAGAACAACAUGAAUGGCCUGUGUCCCGCGUGCCGCAGACCUUACGAUGAGAAGACGAUAGAGUGGAAGGUCGUCACCCAAGAAGAGGUCGCCCAGUUCAGAGCCAACAUCCAAAAGAAUCAGAAGAAGCGAGCUCAAGAACAAAGACAGAAGGAGGUCCAAAAACGCGAGGCCGAAAAGGAAAACCGCAAGAACCUCGUCGGCGUGCGGGUCGUUCAGAAGAACCUGGUUUACGUGACCGGUCUGACACCUACAGUGCGAGAGGACGAGCUGCUCAAGACGCUGCGCAAGCCCGAAUUCUUUGGCCAGUACGGCAACAUUCAGAAGAUUUCGAUCAGCAACCGAAAGAGCCAGGACGGCCAAAACCAAUCACUCGGCAUUUACGUGACGUUCGAGAAGAAGGAGGACGCACAACGGUGCAUCCAGGCCGUCAACGGAUCCCAGAACGGCGACCGUGUGCUUAGAGCUCAGCUCGGUACGACCAAGUACUGCUCCGCCUGGCUGCGACACGAGCAGUGCACAAACAGACAAUGCAUGUUCCUGCACGAGCUCGGCGACGAGGAGGACAGCUACACUCGACAGGACCUGUCAUCGAUGAACAGCAUCAGCUCGCAAACGCAGCGGCCCCUGGCUAGUGGAUCAUCAAACAGCGGUGGAAACAGCGGUGGCGGUCCCUCACGGUCUGCUUCUCGACAGCAAAACACCCCCGCUCCCACUAUGUCGCAACCCAUGGCACGCUCGUCGAGUAAAGAGGGAUCCGAAAACGGCGGUGAUGGCUCGGCGCUUCCCUCGUCGGCCAACUGGGCCAGGAAUCCUCAGCGUAGUCGCAGAGGAAGCCACGCCACGAGCGGUGCUGCCUCCAGCCCCGCCAUCUCGACAUCGCUCCCCGCAACCGCCGAGGCCGUGCCCGAGGCCAUUGAUGAGACGCCGUCAAGAAAGGAGACUCCCGCACCCCCGACCGAGAGCAAGGCACCAAUGGUGGCGCCCAAGGCUGAGAUUAAGAAGCCAAACAGCCUUCCCGAGACUGUGCUCAAGACGCUUCUCAUGGCCAUGCAAGGAUGCCCGUUCACCUACCACGCCCCCGACACAAAUUCACUCGAGACGAUUUACCCGCCCAUGUUCGAUCUUCGUGGUGGCGAGAAGCGCCGAGCAAUGCGCGAGGAGGAGGAGUCGCGCCUCGGUGUUGAGGAGCAGCAGAGCGAGGCGCAGGAGCCUUCUGAGGGCGAGCCAGAGACCGGCGGUAGUCUCGCCCUCGGCGGCGAGCCUGAAGACCGUGAUGUCAGCAGAGAGGUGGCAUUUGAGCAGCGCAGACCCGGCACGCAGCCUCCCAUCCAGCGCACCAACACCGACGGCCUGUUUGGUCCCGCGCUCGGCUCGGCUUUCGGCAAGGCCUCUGUCACUUCUGGUUCUGUUGCCGGCAGCCGAUCUAUGACCCCCCAGCAGCAGCUCUUCAUCCGCUCGCAGAACGGCUUUGGCGAUCACCUGCCGCCUGGUAUCGCUACCGUCCAGCCUUCGGUGCAGCAACAGCAGCAGCAGCAAGGAGGCAACGGCCACAACAGACAGGGGUCGAGGUUCAGCUUUGCUAACGACAGCGCGGGCACCUCCGCUUCGGUCAAGGUGGCCGCCAACCCUCGCAUCAUGGCGCAGCAGACGGCCAUGAUGCCUUCGACAUUCCAGACACAGCCCGGCAGCCAGUACUAUGCGUCGUCCAUGCCCGGCCCUCCUCCGGGCCUCAAGUCGACGGGCACCCCGCCAAGCAUGUUUGGACAGGGCCACUCGUUCGGUGGCAGUUUCAAUCAGUCCAAGGAUUCUGCCGAGCUUCUUCAGACAUUGAUCCGGGGCCGAGGAGCCAAUGGUCAGGGCCAUGAUGCUGGUAAGCGUGAGUACAUGUUAUCUUCUUUUUCUAAUCAGUACCCAUCCUCUACCUCCUCCACCCCAGCUCCUGCUUCGGGCCUCCUGGCGUCGCUCUACGGUAACCAGCCUGGAGCAUUCCAAGACUUCGGUCCCAAGCAGAAGAAGAAGGGGAAGAAGCACAGACAUGCUAACACUUCCUCCUCUGGGGGAGGUGGCUUAGUUGAUCUUGCGGACCCGAGUAUCCUGCAAGCGAGAAUGCAACACCAGUCGCAGAGCAACGCCGGAGUCGGACAGGGACUGUUCGGUGGUCAGAGCCAAGAUGACGAGCUGCUUUCACUCGACGAAGCCACCUUUUCCGUCGACGCGCUGGUGUCAGAUGACCCCAUGCCACCUUACGGAGGGCUCUCAAGGCCCACGGUACCGACGCCUCCAGGUCUCGGGACUCCCGCAAGGUUGGCGUCGCCGGCGCCACGGCAGGCACCGAUUCCUGCCGUUCCUCUUACGCCAGGCGCUCCCAAGGCCACGCCCACGAUGGCCAACGUCGUUCGGGCAGCCACACCCGACGUCACGCCUCGCAAGAAUGCCCCUGGAUCAGAGGCCAAGAAGAACAUCAAGGCCCUGGCCGUCGAGAGUGGACUGUCAAAGGACAUUGCCUCUCAGGGUUCCCCGUCCAAGGGCAAGACUGUUCUCCAGGAGGAAGACUUUCCCGCUCUGGAUGCCAUCAAGGCGAGCGCUGCUAAGGCCAACGCUCAACGACCCGGCACGCCGGCCAAGUCUGUCGUCUCGACUCCCAAGAUCGCCCCAGCGAGCAUCAAGAAGCCCCAGGCAGAGCCUCCUGCUCCUGUUGCAGAGCCUCCCACUCCGACUCCCAAGACGGCAGAGAAGAAGCCAGUGCCGGGCAUCUUGAACAUUGCCGCCGCCACAAAGGUUGCCCAGACCAAGCCCACAGAGUCUGCAAAGUCUGCAUCGACGGAGCAAGACUCGUCUGCAUUCCCAGCCCUGCCAACCCCCACGACAGCCGUCGCUUCGCCCAUCACGAGAACCGCACCCAAGACGUUGCGAGUCGUUCCUACACCCAAGACCGAAGUUCCACCCCCCCUGGUUUCCGGUGCGAUCUCCGCCGCCGCCAGAGCCGUUUCCACCGCCUCUGGUCGGCCCGGAACCCCUGCGAGCGAGGCCAUCAGUGACAGCGCAUCCAUCGUGUCCACGUCCGUCUCCGUAUCUCGAACCAGCUCGCCCCCUCCGUCCAGAGUCGGUGCUGCUCCUGUGCGUACAGCUACGAAAAGCCAACAGCGCAAACAACGCAAGGAGGCUCACAAGGAGCAGUCCGCGGCCGUCGCCGAGGCGGCCAAGCAAGCGGAGCCCGAGGAAAUCGCGCCCAUUCUCGGCCGCAAGAAGAAGCAGAAGAAGGAGAAGCCGGUCAACACGACUGCUGCCGCCAAGAAGGCUGCGGAGCGUGCCGCCAACCCCCCGGCGCCCCCUAAGAAGGAGGAGCCUCCCGUCCCCAAGCCUCCCAUCGAGCGGACGGUCGUGGACCUGCCUCCUCCCAAGGGCAAGGCCGCCAAAGCCGCCCUCAAGAUUGCCAAGGCUGCAGAGGAGAAGGGCAAGGCCAAGGAAGCUGCUGCUGUUGCCGUCGCUUCGCCAGCCACACCCCCUGCAACUGCCGCGCCAGAGGAGUCCCAGGACAUGGCUGAGAACCCCAAGACCAUCCCCGAGGUUGUCUAUGACGACCUUGUCAGCAGCGGUGAAGCUCCUCCCGAGGAGAUUCUCAGUCUGCUGAGACCCUUUGUUGAGCAGAACAUCCGUCUCGACCGCGCGCACGCAGCCCAAGGGACCAACCCGCCCCCUUCCACAACAACAAAGGGUAUCGUGAACGACGCAGACCACGCCGUGCUCCUGUCUGGGCAGCCGGUGCGCAAGGUGAUUGAGGGUCAGCGCGUGCUCAUCACUCCCAAUGGCGACUGCGUCCGCAACCUCACCGAAGAAGAGGAGGAGAAGUACCUCGAGCUCCAGAAGAGCAUUGCUGAGACCAGCGAUCAGCCUGACAGCUUCGUCGCGCCCCGCCACCAGACUCGUCCUGGCGGCUUCUCCCUCAUCAAGGGCCGCGCGGUGCCCAACGGAGCGCCGUCUUACUUCCCGCCUCCUCCCACCUCCCACAAGAUGUUCUCUGACGACCCCGUGAACAAGAUCCAGCGCGAGGAAGCCAUCAGCUACAUCAACCAGUACGUCCUGCCUCGCCUCAACCUCGGCAACACCAACCUGUUCCCCGGCAGCUGGAAGUCGGCCCCGGGUGCCAAGGACGCUCUCUCUGCGCGCGAGACCGCCGCCCAGAGCCUGAACUCGCUGGCCCCGUACAUUUACGGACACGACGCUGCCGCCGGCGCGGGCAUCUACUCUGCUGAGAGUGGCGGCUCCGGCAAGGACAUUCCCGAGGACGAGACGCCGUUCGGAGGCCUCGACUCCCCGCACCACGCCGUCGCCCCCAUGCCCAACAUCUCCGUGUCCGCUGCCUCUGCAUCUGCCGCUGCCGCCGCCGCCGCGCAGGCCCACGCUCAGCACAGCUCUCACCCCAAGCUCCCCGGCACCCCCCUCAACAGCAUGACUCUAAUGAGCGUUGAGGAUGCCGAGGCCGCCCUCGCCCUGGCGCGCAAGGAGACCGAGAAGCUGGAGAAGAACCUCAACCAGGCCAUCAAGCGCAACCGCAGAAUCCUGCUCGGAAGCAGAUGA